UGGUCAAACCAUCGGUAAACGAGUAUAAAACCAAGCAAGAUUUUACGCAUACAUGAUACAUCUCCGCAAUCAACCGACAACCUCGUCGUUCCAUCUGCUCCAACGAAAGCAAAACCCAAAAUGGGCAGCGCCGUCGUCGUGUUUCCUUUCCUCUUCUUCUUGCUAUCAUCGGUGUUUGUUCAACAAUCCGUACACGGCCGCGUUCUGCCUCACUCAACUCCCAGGCCGGCGCCGGACGCCGCCGCCGCCUUCGCCCGGUGGCUGGUGUCUCAGAACUCGUGGGGCGUACUCAGCACACUCGCCACCGACUCCGGAGGAGCGCCGUUCGGAAAUGUCGUCUCGUUCAGCGACGGCUUGCCCGACAAAGGCCUCGGAGUUCCGUACUUUUACCUCACAACUCUCGACCUGACCGCCAAGUACGGCCUGAAAGAUCCCAGAGUAUCGCUUUCGCUGAGUGAAUAUUCCCUCGGAACCUGCGGCGACAACGAUCCCGAGAGCCCCCUCUGCUCCAAAAUCACCUUGACCGGAAAGUUCAAAUUGGUUGAUGGGAAAUCGAAGGAAGCUGAUUUUGCUCGACUUGCUUUGUUCACUAAGCACCCUGAGAUGAAAGGUUGGCCUAAGGAUCACAAUUUCGAGGUUUACACUAUGGAGAUUGAGGAUAUAUACCUCAUCAAUUUCUUCGGCGGUCCUAAACCUCUGACUGUAGAUGAGUACCUGAAGUGGAAGAGCUCCAGCUUGAAACAUUAGUAUGCGCUUGUGAGUUGUGACAAUGGCCUGAUGGUCAGUUCUGUAUUGUAAUAAAGUCUUCAUAUGGAGUUCAGUUUUGUUAAAAAUCAAUACAACAAUGCAAUUAUAAACGGCGUUUAUUAUGUGGGUCAUGGUAUUCG